AUGGUACGCUCUUUCUCCUCCUUCUACUUCUCUGGGUUUGCGGAUCCACUUACCUUUCAUAAGCUGAAUAAAAGCAACCGCGACAAACUUCAGCAGUUCGUGGCUAUCACAGGAGCUAGUGAGAAGAAUGCUAUUCAAGCUCUCAAAGCCAGCGAUUGGCACCUCGAAGCAGCGUUUGAUGUGUUUUACAGCCAGCCUCAGCCAAGAAGCAAUGCUGAUAUGAGACGCUUGGAGGAGCUCUACAAUAGAUAUAAAGGCAAGCUACUUUACCCAUAUUCUGAUAUGAUUCUAGCGGAUGGUAUCUCGGUUCUGUGUAAUGAUCUUCAGGUGGAACCCCAAGACAUUGUCACGUUGGUUCUUUCGUGGCAUAUGAAUGCUGCCACAGCGUGUGAAUUUUCCAAGGAAGAGUUUGUUAGUGGAUUACAAUCAUUAAGUGUAGAUUCCAUUGCGAAGUUGCAGGAAAAGCUGUCUUUUAUGCGUUCUGAGCUUAAAGAUGAACAAAAGUUCCAUGAGAUAUACAACUUUGCUUUUGGGUGGGCGAAAGAGAAGGGGCAGAAGUCGCUUGCUUUAGAUACAGCGAUUGGGAUGUGGCAGUUGCUCUUUGCAGAGAGAGAGUGGCCACUGGUAAAUCACUGGUGUGAUUUCUUGCAGGAUCGCCAUAACAAGGCGAUAUCUAAAGACACAUGGGCACAGCUCCUGGAAUUUGCCAGGACGGUGGACCCGGCGCUGUCGAAUUACGAUGCAGAAGGAGCAUGGCCUUACCUCAUCGAUGAAUUCGUUGAGUAUUUGUAUGACAAGAGCGUUGUUGAAAAGUAACCUGGCACCUGGGAGAAGCAAUCAGCACUGUUUUACAACGUUCCUUCUCAUUAUUUUAUAGACUUAUUUUUGUGUUGUUCAGAAUCACACUGAUGAUCAACUAAGUGAGCUUUCCAACUUUCAGACAAAUCCAGUUUUUUUAGCGUAAUGAAACCAACGAUUUCUCUCGUGUCUGUUGUUACCAAUAAUCACCGCACGAACAAACUCCAUCCUUAAAAUGGUGGAACCGAUUCGUGUCUCUCACAACAAUCUCUCUGCCCACAAGCUUCGAGAUAAGCUUCGUAGCGGCGUGACAGUUCACACAAGCUCUCAGAUUCUUUGUGAUCCUAAGUGUUGUCCCUUGCGGCGUACUUAUAAGCCCAUACGCAAUCGCUAUCCUCUCGCUGUGGCUGCACAGAGUCUCCUCAGUUUCUUCAUCGUUGAGGUCGUGCAGCGAAGCAUCCUUGUACGCCACAAAUCCACCUUCCUUCAGUUUACUCUCAAUCCACUCUACUUGUCUCUCAAUCUCUUCAUAUCUUGGAUGUGACUUAUCACCCACUCUAAAAGCCUCCAACCUUCCCCUCACUUCAACCCAGCUGCAUCCCACAUCUUUGCUCAAUCCUUUCUCCUUCAUUCUCACUCGAACCUCUGCUACACGGUCCCACAAACGCGCUGCAGCAUACAGAUUAGAGAGCUGCACGUAGUGCCCUGUGUUGGAUGGGUCUAUCGAGAAAAGCUGCUGAGCCGCGUAUUCCCCUAGGCUCACGUGGCGAUGCUUCUUGCACGCGCUCAAGAGCGCUCCCCAAACCGUCACACCAGGCUGGACCGGCAUGCAUUUGAUCACUUCGUAGGCUUGAUCAAGAUGACCAGCACGCCCGAGAAGAUCAAUGACGCAUGCAUAGUGUUGCUGCUGCGGGUUGAUUCUGUGAUCCGUCAUCCGGUUGAAGAACCACCAGCCUUCUCUAACCAAGCCUGAAUGGUUACAAGCCAUUAGAACCCCUAGAAACGUUACAUCAUUGGGAUGAACUCCACCACGUUCCAUUGCACGGUACAGACUGAUUGCUUCCCUUGCCUGACCGUGUAGUCCAUACCCAACAAUCAUAGCACUCCACAUCACAACGUCCUUGUCGAGUGUUCGGUCGAAAACCGAUCUCGCACAGUCUACACUCCCGCAUUUCGCAAACAUAUCGAUUAGUGCGCUGCUAAUAAAAACAUCGUCUCCGUGGUUACUCCUGCGUACGUAUUCGUCCAUCCACAGGGCCUGCUCAAGAGAGCCUACUUGAGCGCAAGCCGAAAUGGCAGAUGUUAUAGAGAUGGUGUCAGGUCUGACAUCUUUACUGAUCAUCUCGUGGAACAUAUCAAUAGCAUUCUUGGCGUAGCCGUUUUUCGCAUAGCCAGAGAUCAUGGCGUUCCACAGUAUCAAGUUUGGUGACUUCAUCUUAUCAAACAGGAUCUUGGCAGUCGCGACUUGGCCACAUUUUGCAUACAUUGUGUUGAGAGAGAUGAGCAGGUCAGGCUCUGUUUCGAGACCCAUCUUCACAACAGAAGCGUGAAUAGAUCUCCCUUGCUCCAAAUCUUGCAGGCAGGUGAAAGCAUUGAGAACGCUGACAAGGGCUACCCAGUCUGGCUUCACAUCCAUCUUCCUCAUCUGACUGAAAAUCUCGAGAGCCUCCACAGGCUCACCGUUCUGAGCAUAAGCCGAAAUGAUAGCCGUCCAUGAGACUAUCGUUCUCUCUGGCAGAGGCAAUCCUUCAAACACGGUUCUUGCGCGGUCCAUACGCCUGCAUCUCGCGUACAAGGCAAUGAGACCGUUCUGAACAAAGACAUCAGCUUCAAAGCCAAGCCUGAAUACUUGAGCGUGGACGAGACGACCCAUCUGAAGGUGAGGCAACCCGCUGCAGGAUUUAAGGAGGUGAGGGAAAGUGAAAGAAUCAGGAGAAACGCGAGCGAGUUGCAUCUUGGAAUACAUGAGAAGAGCAUCUUGGAAGAAAUUGUUUCUGGAGUAACCCCUGAUGAUGGCGUUCCAAGGGAAUAUCUGAGGGCGAGGUAAAUCGUCGAACACCUUGCGUGCGAAACAAAUGUCACCAAAGGAAGAGCUUGCGUGGAUGAGCUUGGUGAUCAAGAAACCACUAAACUGCAAACCCAGAACCAGUAAACGUGCGUGGAUUUGCCUCAGCUGAGCUCUGUGAGGUGAAUUAUCGAUAAGUGCAGCGUAGAAAGAAUCGGAAUGGAUUCCAGAAUUGGCUGCACAAAAGGAGAAGCGAGAAGAGACGCUUCCGACAUUGAUCUUCCUCUGUCCUCUCCUGACUUGUUUUGUUAUCUCUGCUUCCUAGUCUUCUUGGUCAUCUCCAUCAUUUUAAUUUUGAACACACUCUUUUGUAUAUCAAUUUCUCAAUAUAUAAACUCAAUUUCUGAAUUCUUCAACAUAUUAAAUGUUUCAACAUAUUAACUCAAUUUCUGAGUUCUUCAACAUUUUAAAUGUUUCAACCCAAUUCUUCU